GUCCGAACCCACAGGAAUACGAAAAGCCUCCUUUUCCUCCCACACCUUCGACUAAUGUUCAUUUCACCAAGAACAACACCACCAUUUCCUUGAGGACUACAAUCUGCAGGAGGGAUCCUUGGCAAGAUGCCGGAGCUAAACUGCUCCCGUGCAAGUCUUUUCCGUACCGAUGUCUCCAGCGAUGUCGGGUGUCCAGAUGCAGCUGUGCUGUGUGGAGUGAACAUCUCCUGGUUGCUGGAGAACGCCACUGAGCAGGAAGUGGAUGAAAUGUGCUUGAGCGAGGAGGAAUAUCUUGCCAGGCAACUGGGGCCGCCGAGGUCCCCGAAGUUCCUUCCCGUCUGUGUCACCUACCUGAUCAUCUUCAUGGUGGGCGUUCUGGGCAAUUCCCUCACCUGUGCGGUCAUCUUGCGCUACAAGGUGAUGCAGACGCCCACCAACUACUACCUGUUGAGCCUCGCCGUGUCGGACCUGCUGGUGCUGCUGCUGGGCAUGCCGCUGGAGCUCUACGAGAUGUGGCAGAACUAUCCCUUCCUGCUUGGGGAGGGAGGCUGCAAUUUCAAAAUCUUUCUGUUUGAGACCGUCUGCUUCGCCUCCAUCCUCAACGUCACGGCGCUCAGCGUGGAACGCUACCUGGCCGUGGUGCACCCCCUCAAGGUCAAACACAUGGCAACGUCCUCUCACGUCAAGAGGGUCAUCAUCGUGCUGUGGUUGCUCUCCAUGCUGUGCUCUGUUCCCAACACCAGCCUGCACGGGAUUGUGGUGCUGCCUCCGAGGUUCGGACGACACUUCCCCCGUUCCGCCAUCUGCCAUUUGGUCAAGCCCAAAUGGAUGUACAACCUGAUCAUCCUGAUUUCCACGCUGGCCUUCUUCAUCUUUCCCAUGCUGAUCAUCAGCAUCCUCUACCUACUUAUCGGUUUCGAGCUGCACAGGGAGAGGGUGACGAUGACCGUGGAUGACAGGUGUGGCUUUGGACCAGAAACCCUUAGCAGACCUCACAGGCAGAAGCUGAAUGAACGCAACUUUCAAGUCACCAAAAUGCUGUGUGUGUUGGUGGUUGUGUUCGGCCUCUGCUGGGCUCCCUUCCAUGCGGACCGUCUGAUGUGGAGCUUCAUGGACGCGUCCGUAGAGCAGCACAUCCAGAUCUUCGAGCACGUUCACAUUGUCUCGGGUGUCUUCUUCUACUUGAGCUCCGCCAUCAACCCCAUCCUCUACAACCUCAUGUCCACCCGUUUCAGGGAAAUGUUCAGCCACAUCACGUGCUAUAGAAACACCUGGCCGCUACGCUCGGGCAUAGAGAUGACCCAGCGCAGCAACCUGAGUCAGAAAACACAGAGCAGCUCCAAAUGGACUCAGACCUCUGUGCUGAAGCACAUUACACUGAAUAAGGAAGGCUGAAUCACUAUGGAAGUACAUUGAUGAAUGUUUUAUUCAUCCGUUCACAUCAACCACAGCGCAUUCAAUGGGUCGAUGUCUGAAAAUGAUCAAAAGCAAAUGUUCUGACCUUGACAUGAGCAGGAUAGGAUGAGCGCUAAUGGGUCAUGAAUGAUGCGAGAGGAAUACAGUAGAAAAUGCAUGAAACAUUUUACAUGAAGCACACUUUAGUGCAAUUCUACCAGGGAACUACACUUUUAGAAAGGCUGAAAAAUAUAGGACCACUACUUCUAGAGGGGAUGAGAAGAUGAGGAGAUAACGGCUUGGCGGUCACUGGUGGGAGAAGAGAUUAACAUACAAAUUAUAGAAAACCCUUUUAAUGCAUUGGAAGAUUCAUCCAUUAAUUGUCAUGAAAUUAAGUCAGUUGUGGUGGACUGAAAGUAAUGAUUGUGUAUCCUGCAUAAUACCGCACACCAGAAAGUGUUUCUCAUUUGCCUGUGGAACAUUCUGAAAAUAUAAAUUAACUAAAAAAAAAACAAAACAGCAAAAAUGGAAAAAAAUCAGCAGUGAUUUUAAAAUGACAGAGGCAAAAUAUUAAAAGAAAACAGUUGUAAUCUAACAGCAAAAAGCCGUAACUUUACCAGAAUAUCAAGGGUCACAGGUAUGCUGGAGCCUAUCCCAGCUGACUUGGGGUGAGAGGCGGGGUGCCUUUUCCGAGCCUACAAAGCACAUGCAGACCGGUUAAGCAAACUCCUCGUCCCCUCCAGUACCCUUGCAAGGGUGUAGAGCUGGUCCACUGUUCUGCGACCGGGACGAAAGCCACAUUGCACCUCCUGUAACCGAAGUUCGACUAACGGUCGUACCCUUCUCUCCAGCGCCCUGGAAAAGCCUUUCCCAGGAAGGCUGAGGAAUGUGAUCCCCCUAUGGUUGGAACACACUCUUCUAAGGAAGGGGGACCACCAACCCGGUCUGCCAAUCCAGAGGUCCUGUUCCCGACUUCCACGCAGUGCGGAAGAGACGUGUCAGCCAAGACAGUCCCUCACGAGCGCGGACAGUUUCAUCACUGUGGCCGAGGCAUCACAUCUUCAUUGACGGUAGACAAUGUUUAUCCUUUUCAUUCCUCAUUUAUAUGCAUUUCAUGCAUUUUGCAUGUAAAACUAUAAAAACGUGUUUGGUGUUCAUAUUUUUGGCUUUACAUGAUAUCUUAUGGGGACAAUUGAGGAAGUUUCGGACCUCCUGGAACAGAUUAGUGACGCUGCUCAAGGUUCCACUGUACUUGAGUCCUAAUUUUUGCUACCAACUGUCUGUAUUGUGGAUUGUUUUUGUGCUUUAUUUGAACACUGAUGAUAAUUCUUGUUCAUUAAUGUAUAAUUUAGCAAAUGAUCGUAAAUGUGAAUAUCUCCUAAUUCCAAUGACGGGUCUGCAGCAGUACUAUUUCAUGAAAGCAUGGAUGUUCUCUUACAAUUCAUGAUCUCGUUCUUCACAUAACAAUAACAUCAGAGGAGAUGCUGUCCCUUUAUUUUGGAAAGUAUUUCUGCUUUAAUGAGACUUUGGACUUAUUUUCAUAUUCACAGUUCAUCCAACUCCAGGAGAGAAAUGCCCCCUGCACCAAACAAAUAAAAAAGCAGUAAUAUGA